AUGACAACACCCCUGAGAUCCCCUCCACCACCAGAUUCUCCUAGUGCAACCACAAAAAGGAAGACUAGACAAACUACUAGGCUCCGAAGGUUGACUGCACGAAGCUUAUAUCAACCACGACCAACUGUCCACGUCAACACUAGUACUGGUAGAGGAUCUGGCCCACAUAAAGAAAAAUUCCAUAGUUACUUGGGGGUAGUGGCGCGGGAGAAAAUCCCUAUUGUUCAUGCUACUUGGAAAGAUGUCCCCGAAACUUUAAAAGUUAUUGUAUGGGAUGACAUUUUGGCCAAAUUUGAUAUUCCUGAAGGUUUAACUGCGAAGAAGAAGGUUAUGUCCACGGUUGCAACAAGAUGGAGGCAAUUUAAGUCCUCCUUGACCUCCAGAUAUCUAUACACUGACAAAGACGAUCAACAAAACAUUGAUCCAUCUGCUAAGUAUGGUUUCGAUCGAGAAACAUGGGAAGCAUUUUCAAAGACACGACAGACACCAACUUGGAAGGGAAUCCGCAAAAAAGCACAGGAAAUUCAAAAAUUUAAUGACUGUCCCCACGUACUAUCUCGUGGAGGGUACGACGUGCUUGAAAAAAAAUUGAUGGCCGAGAAAACAAAGUCAAGAGUGAAUCAAGGUGAUGGUACUGACAAUACAGAUGUGGUCGUCGACCCUCCAUCCCCUAUUGCAAGACAUGUGAAGUGGAAGAAGGCUAGAACUAACAAAUUUGGGCAAAUGACAUCUGCUGCAGCUCAAGAAAUCGCAGACAAAAUUGAUGAUUUGCAGGAACAAUCAACACAGGGAACUUUUGUCCCGCAUGGUCGUGAAGACAUUUUGAACACUGCCAUUGGCCGUCCAGAGCACCCAGGUCGGGUUCGUGUUGCUGGACAUGGUGUCACGAUAGGUAAUUACUAUGGACCGCGUGGUAGUGGCUCCAACACUUCUUCGGCGACGAUGACCGCAGAUAAAUUGGUGGAAAUCAUAGGAAGUAUAAAGCAAGAGUUGAGGAAAGAGGUAGAAGACGAAAACAAACGGACUAUCGACUUAUUGCAAAAGCAGUUGGAUGCGAUCAAGAGUGAGUUAUCACAAAUUCAAACGCAACAGUCAGCUCCUUGUAGACCGUCUAUCCCUGAUGUAUUGGUUGCACGUGUCAGCACCAAAGAAAGCUGUGCCGAGGCUGCUGCAAAUGUUGUUGCUAAGGAGCGGUCUACACUUGAUGCUUCUAUUGUGGGGUUAUACAUUGUGUGUGGUGAUAGUACACAGGUGGUGGCUGCGGGAAAAAUGUAUGGAGUUGGUGGCAUUAUACACAAUGUUGCUUACGCAGAUGAUGUAGUAAGGGUUUGUGUUGACACAAUUUACGAUGGUGACGCCACUGUCCCGUUUCCAACUGCAGAGAUUCAGUAUGUCAGGGACGCGAGUAGCACAUUCAUUGCAUGGCCCAGACAUCUAGUGAAGCCUAUAACUGAUGAUUCAAAUCAUAAUGCGCGUUUGCCAGUUGGACGUCUUGGUGAGGCUGAGGUUGCAGCUGAACCUGAUCCAUUGGGCGAAUUAAUGAAGACAUUGUUUUACGUGUACAAGAGUCCAGUGGAAGUGCCAUGGGAGGCGACGCAAUUUGGACUUCCUGAUGUUGGGGCAAAAUUUUUCAUCACACAUGCUGAUCUAGCGGAAAUAAUAUCAGGUGACAAGUGUUUGAACAUAUCUAUCCUGCAGCUGUGGACCAUUUUUAUGAAUAACUGUGGUAGAAGCAAAGUUGAUCAGUCACUGUAUGGUCUGUUGGAGCCUCAAUCUAUACACAAUGCUAAGGACAGACGUGAACAAUGCCAAGAAUACAUUCAAACAUGGGUCAAGGAAUCACAAAGGCAGUUGUACUUAGGGGCUUACUUGCAUCAGGCACAUUGGCAACUAUUUGUUUUGUGUCCAAGGGAAAACACGGUUGUUUGGUUUUGUUCUCUGAGGAAGAAGCCAGAUAUUAACAUCAAAGCCACAAUUAACAGUGCAAUGAAGACAAUAACCAGUUCUUUCCAAGGCAUGUCUAAUCAAGCUGCACCUCGGUGGGUUGAACCAAAGAGUCAUGUCCAAACUGGAGCGUACGAGUGCGGAUAUUAUGUCAUGCAUUGGAUGUGGUGCAUAGUGACUGGUGGAUUGAAGGAUGACUGGAACAAGUGGUUUUCUGAUGGAUCACCGUUAGACGUGGAGGCCAUCACCACACUUCGCCAAAAAUGGGCAACAUUCUUUUUAAGUAUUAGGAAAAGCGGAUGCUAAAGAGGAUUUUCAUUAUGUAGUAGAACAUUUUUAGUGUCAUUACAUCAUUUCGUUUAAAAUUUCAAACAAUUGUUUCAUCUGAUUAUAUGAAAGGCACAAUUAAGGUCUCCAUUGUUUAUGCUUAAAUUGUUUUAGUUUGUGGUUUUAUUUUAUUA